UUUUUUUUCAUAAGUUGACCUACAAAAAUAACGUCGUGCUUAUUAGUUUUCAAUAAUUUCCAUUAUUGCCUAGAUAUCUCAAACCUCUGCUUUUUCUUUUUGUAAAUGUCUCUCUCUUUUGUUUCAUAGAAGAAUAAUGGAGUACCAUCCUCAAGCAAUUAGGUUAUGUGCGUUGAUCUUCAUCUCUUUCUAUGCUCUUUUACACCUCGUUGAAGCACAAGACCAAAAAGGAUUCAUUAGUUUGGAUUGCGGGUCAUUGCCAAAUGAGCCUCCUUACAACGAUCCUUCAACCGGAUUAACAUACUCGACGGACGAUGGUUUCGUGCAGAGUGGCAAAACUGGAAGAAUCCAGAAAGCGUUCGAGUCGAUCUUCAGUAAACCGUCUUUGAAGCUUAGAUACUUCCCGGACGGAUUCCGAAACUGCUAUACCUUGAAUGUCACGCAAGACACAAACUAUCUGAUCAAAGCUGUAUUUGUGUAUGGUAACUACGAUGGUCUUAACAAUCCCCCGAGUUUCGAUCUUUACCUUGGUCCGAAUCUAUGGGUAACGGUUGAUAUGAAUGGACGGACCAAUGGUACUAUCCAGGAGAUUAUCCACAAGACCAUAUCUAAGUCUCUCCAGGUCUGUCUUGUUAAGACAGGAACAAGCUCACCUAUGAUUAAUACGUUAGAGCUACGACCACUUAAAAACAAUACUUACAAUACUCAGAGUGGCUCUCUGAAGUAUUUCUUCCGAUAUUAUUUCAGCGGUUCAGGCCAAAACAUACGGUACCCUGAUGAUGUCAAUGAUCGUAAAUGGUAUCCAUUCUUUGAUGCAAAAGAGUGGACAGAGUUAACAACCAAUCUGAAUAUAAACAGUUCUAAUGGUUAUGCACCACCAGAAGUUGUGAUGGCGUCAGCCUCAACGCCUAUAAGUACUUUUGGAACAUGGAACUUCUCAUGGUUAUUGCCAUCUUCCACAACCCAAUUUUAUGUGUACAUGCAUUUUGCCGAGAUUCAAACUCUACGGUCCCUCGAUACCCGAGAAUUCAAAGUGACGUUGAAUGGAAAACUUGCUUAUGAACGCUACAGCCCUAAAACGUUAGCCACCGAAACCAUUUUCUAUUCGACACCACAACAAUGUGAAGAUGGGACAUGCCUCUUGGAGUUGACGAAAACACCUAAGUCUACUCUUCCUCCUCUCAUGAACGCUCUUGAGGUUUUCACCGUGAUCGAUUUUCCACAGAUGGAAACAAAUCCAGAUGAUGUUGCUGCUAUCAAGAGUAUCCAAAGCACUUAUGGAUUAAGUAAAAUCAGCUGGCAAGGAGAUCCAUGCGUUCCUAAACAGUUUUUGUGGGAGGGUUUAAACUGCAAUAAUCUAGAUAACUCCACGCCGCCUAUUGUCACUUCCUUAAACUUAUCGUCAAGUCAUUUAACGGGGAUCAUCGCGCAAGGCAUUCAGAAUCUGACACACCUACAAGAACUAGACUUGUCAAAUAACAAUUUGACGGGAGGAAUACCCGAAUUUCUUGCUGACAUAAAAUCACUCUUAGUAAUAAAUUUAAGUGGGAACAAUUUUAAUGGCUCUAUUCCUCAAAUCCUUUUACAGAAGAAAGGACUAAAGCUAAUUCUUGAAGGAAACGCCAAUCUGAUUUGUCCGGAUGGAUUAUGUGUAAACAAAGCUGGCAAUGGUGGUGCCAAGAAAAUGAAUGUUGUAAUACCGAUUGUUGCAUCAGUUGCGUUUGUGGUUGUUCUUGGAUCUGCAUUGGCGUUCUUUUUUAUUUUCAAAAAGAAAAAGACAUCAAACAGUCAAGAUUUAGGUCCAUCUUCAUAUACUCAAGUAUCAGAAGUUAGAACAAUCAGAUCUUCAGAGUCGGCAAUAAUGACUAAGAACAGAAGAUUUACAUAUUCGGAGGUUGUAACAAUGACAAAUAACUUUGAAAGAGUUCUUGGUAAAGGAGGAUUUGGAAUGGUUUAUCAUGGAACUGUAAAUAAUACUGAACAAGUAGCCGUUAAAAUGCUUUCACACUCAUCUUCUCAAGGAUAUAAAGAAUUCAAAGCAGAGGUGGAACUUCUUCUCAGAGUUCACCACAAAAAUUUGGUUGGCCUCGUUGGAUAUUGUGAUGAAGGAGAAAACUUGGCUCUUAUCUACGAGUACAUGGCUAACGGAGACUUGAGAGAACAUAUGUCAGGAAAGCGAGGUGGAUCUAUUCUAAAUUGGGAAACUAGACUAAAAAUAGUUGUCGAGUCUGCCCAAGGUUUGAUAUGAGUUUUAAUAUAAUUUUUGCUUGUAUCCUCUAUUCAUUUGCUUAACCCUUGAUGAAAAUGAAAUUUGUUGCAUAGGUUUGGAAUACUUGCAUAAUGGAUGCAAACCACCAAUGGUUCAUAGGGAUGUUAAAACCACAAAUAUAUUGUUGAAUGAACACCUCCAUGCUAAGCUAGCUGAUUUUGGGCUUUCGAGAUCUUUUCCAAUUGAAGGAGAAACUCAUGUGUCAACAGUUGUUGCUGGAACUCCUGGAUACCUUGAUCCAGAAUAUUACCGAACAAAUUGGUUGAACGAGAAAAGUGAUGUUUAUAGCUUUGGAAUUGUACUAUUAGAGAUCAUCACAAACCAACUUGUGAUCAAUCAAAGUCGUGAAAAACCACAUAUAGCAGAAUGGGUGGGGUUAAUGCUUACAAAAGGAGACAUUCAAAACAUUAUGGAUCCAAAACUUUAUGGUGAUUAUGACUCUGGUUCUGUCUGGAGAGCAGUUGAACUAGCAAUGUCAUGUCUAAAUCCUUCUUCAGCUAGAAGACCAACAAUGUCUCAAGUUGUUAUCGAAUUAAACGAAUGUUUGUCAUAUGAAAACGCAAGAGGAGGAACGAGUCAAAACAUGAACUCAGAGAGUUCAAUAGAAGUCAGCAUGAACUUUGAUAUUGGAGCUACCCCUGAUGCUCGUUAGACUGCAAGAGUCAUUUUAUCUUUGUUUUCUUGAGUGGAUUUUUGUUAUUUUCAAAGGAAAAUUUUAAAAGUUUUGUAAUGAAUUUAUGUCAU